GCAGCAGUUAGUCUGUGCAGCUGCCUCGAUACAGACAAGAAGGUUGUUUAGUUUAAUUUUCUACAUGGUUCCCAAAAUCUCUGAGACACUUCCCUACUUUUCCUUGGCUUGGCUCUGGAUAUGGAUAGCAGUUGUGCUUUUACUCUUGUUUGUCCUGCGUCUUGUGAGGAGCAGGAGACCAGUUAGCUUCCCACCUGGGCCCAUCAACCUCAGCUUCCUGGGGAAUUUCCUGCAGCUUUCUCCUGCAGCACCUCACCAGUCCUUGAAGAAGCUGGGAAGGAAAUAUGGUAACAUAUUCAGCCUGUCCCUGGGAGCAGAGUUUUUGCUGAUAUUGGAUGGCUCCUCGAUUGUCAGAGAAGCAUUGGUACAUCACGGUGAGGCUUUCUCUGGAAGACCCAUUUCACCACUAUUCCUGCGACUCAAAGGGCCACACGGGAUUACAUUUUCCAACGGCAGUGAGUGGAGAGAACAACGCCGCUUUGCUGUGUCACAUCUCAGCAAUUUGCUCCCUCAGGUGAAACCCUGGAUCAUGUCAGAAGCCCGAAGUCUGAGUGCGCGAUUUGCAGAACACCAUGAUGAGCCCUUUGACCCCCAUUUGGAUAUCAGCCAGUCCGUCUACAGCGCAAUGUACCAAGUGUUGUUUGGUCAUCAUCUCGACUACAGUGACCCAAACUUCAGGGCUUUCAUGCAGCAUUCCAAGAACAUAGCAGCAGUUAUACCCUGUGUAAGCGUAAAGCUGUAUAACCUAUUGCCGACAGUGAUGCAGUUCAUGCCAGGAGCACAUCAGAGGCUGUUUGCAGAAUGGGAUCAACUGGUGUCCAUCCUCUUGGAGCAAGUACAACAUCAUCAACUGAGCAGAAACCCUGAGACUCCACGAGAUUUCACUGAUUGUUACUUAAAUAAGAUGGAGAAGGUGAGUGGUGAUGGAAAUUCCACCUUCACUAUGAAGAACCUGAUUGCCUGCGCCACUGAUUUGAUUAUGGGUGGCACUGAAACCAUUGUGUCGGUGUUGCGGUGGUUGGUGCUCUACAUGACGGCAUAUCCAUCCAUCCAAGACAAGGUUCAUCAUGAGAUUGACAUCAUGAUUGGGCGGCACAAGGAGCCAUCCUGGAUGGAUCGAGUGAAAUUGCCAUACACAAACGCCGUAAUACACGAGGUCCUGAGACUGGGGAACAUCAUCCCUUUGAAUGUUCCGAGACAGACAACCAGGGAUGUGCAGCUGAAAGGAUACAGGAUCCCAAAGGGCACUACAGUCAUCCCAUCCCUCACUGGUGUGCUCUUUGAUGGGAAACAAUGGGAAUCACCCAACGUCUUUAACCCUAACCGGUACCUGGCUGCAAAUGGACAGUUCUGUCCAGUGGAUGCACAUCUCCCAUUUUCUACAGGGCACCGUAUGUGCAUUGGAGUAAGGCUGGCUGAGAUGGAGAUCUUCUUAUUCUUCACUGCUCUUAUGCAGUAUUUUCACAUUGAGGCUGCAGGAAGGGACUAUCCUUUGGAUCUUCAUGGUGUUUAUGGAGCCACACUUGCCCCCAAGGCCUACCGCAUAUGUGUCCACCGUCGAAAAUAAGGCAUAAACUCCUCCAUUUCCGUUACUCUUUCAGGAUGAUAGUUUUAUAAUUUGUGGGUAGAUUAUUCUGUGCUUUACAUUGCUGAGCCAAUCCCUUAACACAGCUGAAUAACAGUGCAAAAAACUCACUUUGUUGCCAGUCUUUCAAACCCUCAAUGUAUUCCAACUGAGUUACAAUCACUGAAAUGCUUGUAUGUUGCAGCCAUUACUGGAACAAUCUGUGCAUGUUCACCAAAACUAAAGAGAAAAAAUACCAAUUUUUGUGAUGUUGUCUGAUGAGUAAAUAAGAGAAAAUGUACCAA